CAACAUAAGUUGACGUAAAAAACUAUGCUAGCUGGGCACUGUGCACUCGACCUUGUUUAAAACAAUAGUUAUAAGCAGAUGGAAUUGUGGAGAAUCCGAGAACUAUAUCGCGCACGUGUCUCCAUACACCGUCUUUAUCUUGACGUUCAUAAAGGUGCGGAAUCCAUCACAUCGUGUGAGAAAUUCUAUGAGAAUUUCUUGAAGUACUAGCUACAUCAAGGCACCUGACUCCACCGCUCCUGUCUCCAACUCUGUUUUGACAUGCAAGAGUCUUUAGAAUCGCUUGUGAAUGUUCUAGAGUCGUACCGAGGAAGAGACAAAGUGAUAAGGACAAUAUGCUAUGGGUCUCAGUUGGUCGGUGGAGUCCUAACUCAGAAGACAGAGGGAUCCGCGCAACUUGGAAAGAGUCUGCUACUGUUCUCAGCCCAGUUAAGUCAGUGCAGAACUGUUCUCCGACUCUUCGAUGACCUCUCCAUGCUGGCUUACUCCCAUCGCUAUGGUUUAGGAGCUAGGGAAGAAGACCCUGGUCUGCGCUGGAUGUCUGUGCUGAACAAUCUUGCUGACCAGCUCUACUACCCCUGCGAACACAUCGCAUGGGCUGCCGACACAGAGCUCAUUAAGGUCAAGUCUGAUAAGUGGUGGCUGUUCAGCACAGUGCUAUGGGGCACGUCUCUGCUUCUGGGAAUACUCAGGUCUGUAAGAGUCAUUACGCUCCUGAAGAAAAAGCUCAGAAAGUGCGAGAGGGCCAGAGAAGUCGAUCGCAGUGAGGGCAGUGUGCCCAGCCCAUCUCAGCUUCGGAGGAAGAUGAGAGCGGAGGUCCUCUGUGUCCUGAGCAGCAUGGCUGAUCUAAGCAACGCCAUUCAUUGGAUGCCUCCUGGAUUCCUUUGGGCUGGAAGCUUUCCUAAUUGGCUGGUGGGACUGAUGGGCACCACCUCCUCUUUGAUAGGUCUCAUCCAGAUGAGUGAUGGCGGUGCCUAGUCUCAUCCAUCAGAUUAAGUUAAUGUGACUUAAUUCAUGAUAAAAUCCUGCAGUGUGGGCUACUUCAUUAUUAGCAGUCAAUCCGCAUACAUUACAUUAAUGAAAAGUACGAUUAGACAAAGAGAUAGCCAGUUGGAAAUAAUCCAGUUAGUGCUGGAGUUGUGCUUGUGCAGACAACCCUUGUUGUCAACAAUAUGCAAUCAUGCUGCACAAAUUAUAUAUAACUUGAUUUUGUUAUGUUGUUUAGCACUUAACCAAUGAAAUGUAGACAGGGACAAGGCAGGCUUGCCGCUUCCCUUAUGCACUCCAGUCAUUUGUCUGGAUUUGAAAUAUUAAUAAUAUUAAUAAUACUAUUUCAAUGAAAUGUGUUUUUUGUAUCAUUAUUAUUAUAAUAAUUGUGUUUAUUUGAUGUUAUAUGAUUUUGCAUAGUUUUUUUUAUUUUUCAGUGAAAUAGUUCUGGAAUAUUGUCAAUAAAUUUUCUUAACGAA